UACAGGGAGUAAAUCACAUCCGGGUAACAAACAUGGCGGUGCCAACAGGAGUGUCUGAGCCGGCUUCUUCCCGUCGUGCUUUUCCUUCGAUGUCUCUCUCAGCUGAGGCGGCGCCGUUCGUUCCUGAAUCGCAUCUUAGCUGUCUGUCGGACGCAGAAAAGCAUUUGUCUCGAUGCUCCGCGAAGCUCCGAGCCUUACGGGCCGACAGCGUCCAGCUGAGAGAGCAGCUGAACCUGCUGUUCGACCAACUGCUGUCCGAGAACUACAACAAAACGCCAGAUGUCAGCGUCAACAUACGGCCAGAGGACGUGUGUUCUUUGCUGAAACACACCAGCUGUCUCGUUCCACUGUGUCAAGAACAUUUAGUCGUCAAAUUCUGCCAACUGGUUCAUCAUCUUCUCAAUCAACUAAAGGUCAUCAUGGAUGAACACACGCUCAGUGUGCUGCUGUCCUACACUGUCACUGCACUCAAAGACUGCAGUGCGUGGACGCACUCGGAUGUCCUCUUGGCCCUCUCCACAGUGGUGUACGGCAACGGGCCUCACUGUCAGCAGCAGGUGGGCAGCUUGCUGAGUGAAGGAGGACUCCUGCUGCAGUACAGCUCUCUAUCGCAGCAGAGCAUGGAGCUGCGCCAUGUUGCUCUGAACUGCAUGGCCAACAUCUGUCUAAGGAUUCCCGGUCAGCCACCUUUGGAUGAUCACUACAGAAGCACUUGUUUUCAAGUCUUCCUGAAGACGCUGGUGUCUCCUAAACCUCCCGACACAGAUGAGCUUUUUUACUGCGUGGUGAUCCAAGCAGCCCUGAAAGGCCUUCAGUAUUGCCUCUCGGGUGGAAAGUGGAAGUUUGGAGAAGGAGAUAAACUUGGAUCUUUGCUGGCUGCCCUUAAGAGACUCAUGUUCCAGGGAGCUCCAGGUCUGAGUGUGGAGUGGCCGACUGUGCUUUAUCCAACUCCUCUUCCUCAGUAUGAGGGCGUCCCUUCACCCAAACCUGCUGAACCUCCAGCACCAUCAGCACCACCCAAAAAUGCCACAGCUUCAGGAAAAACCUCAGGAAACAAAAAAAGAAAGUCCAAAGGAAAAGGUAAGAAGACACAAACUGAAGAGAGCAGAGGAGAGGAAAAAGAUGGGGAAGACAAAGAAGCUGUACCUGCGCUCCAGAGAGGUGAAGAGGGCAGGGGGGGCGGCGAGACGGCGGCGAAAUCCUUCCCUCCAUUAUUUUAUCCAUCGUGGAAGCUGAACAGCUCUGACUCUGAGUUUUCUGACACUGAGGGAAAUGCUCAAAGCAAAUUAAGACUAAACCACAUCCGUGUGCGUCAGGGAGCCCUGCACUGUAAGCUAGCAGUUGUGAAAGCUGUAGAGAAGAGGACUCUGUAUGGAUACUGGUCCUCCUUCAUCCCCGACUCGCCCACCGCGGGGCCGCCACCCCUGACCCUCCUCACAAUCAUCCUGAAGGAUCCAUCGCCAAAGGUGAGGCUGUGCGCCCUUCAAGUGCUGACAGCCAUACUGGACGGCUCCCGUCAGUUCCUGGCCGUGGCCGAAGAUACGGCAUCACCCCGAACAUCUUACACCCCUUUCUCUUUUUUACUGGCUACUUCUGUGAGGGAGCUGCACCGAGCCCUCAGUCUGGCCCUCCUGGCAGAGACGUCCUCCCAAACACUCACUCAGGUCGUAAAGUGCCUUGCCUUCUUGGUGGCCAACGCUCCGUACCAUCGUCUCAGACCUGGUCUGCUCACAUCGCUAUGGAAACAGAUUCGACCUUAUAUGCGUCACAGAGACGUGACUGUGCGCGUCUCUGUCCUGACCCUCUAUGGAGCUGUAGUGACGACUCAGGCUCCUCUUCCAGAGGUGCAGCUUCUCCUCCAGCAGCCAGAUGACGGCGGCGGCUCGUGCACGCCGCAGGACUCUGCCCUGAGCUGGAGGCAAAGAAACGGGGGGUCUCAGACGUCAGCUGCAUCUUCUAAGCAGAGCUCCUGCUCGCACUCGCCUCAGCCUCCUCACACACCAGCGGAAAAGGGGGGUUCUCCGCCGUGGCUCCUCGAGCUGUGCCUCUCGCUUGUUACUCAACCCAGAGAGGAUCACUUAGACGGCGAGGAUGCUUUAGAGCCGCUUCCUGUUCGUCUAGCAGCUCUGCAGGUCCUGUCCCACCUCGUGCGAGGAUAUUUCAGUCUAACUCAAGCAAGUCUCAGUGAGAUUGGGCAGGCGAGCACCCUCUGCCUCAGCGAGACCGACCCGCCUUUACAGCUGCACGGCUCAAAGUUACUGGAGGAGUGCGGCUCAGGGAUCAUUCUGCAGUACCGAGCAGACAACGACGUUCCUGAGAGCUCAAGAGUCCCACUGACCCAAGUGGUUCAGUUUUGGUCCAGCGUUCUGAGCGGGCCUCUGAAUGCAGCGCUGCAGAAUGAACAACACCCCACCCUGCAGGCCAGCGCCUGCGACACUCUGGCGUCCAUCCUGCCUCAGGCCUUCGCACAGCUGCCUGAAAAGACUCAGCUGAUGUGCAUCACCAUGCUGCUGGGCCUGACUUACCUGGAGAGCAGUCUGGUAAAGAUGGCAGCCGUCAGGGCGUUGGGACUUUACAUACGGUUCCCAUGUUUGAGAGAGGAUGUAAUGUUUGUGGCAGAUACGGCGAACAUCGUCCUCGCCGCCCUCGACGACCGCUCCAUAAACGUCCGCGCCAGAGCCGCCUGGUCCCUCGGGAACCUCACAGACACACUUGUUGCAAACAUGCAAAGUGUUGGUGUGGAUUUCCAAGAGGAGUUUUCAGACAUGCUUCUGCUAAAAAUGUUGCAGGCCGCCACCAGAGCUUCGUCUGACAAAGAUCGGGUGAAGUCUAGCGCUGUCCGAGCCCUCGGGAAUUUGCUUCGUUUUCUGCGUGAAAGCCAGAUGACUCGAUCUGCAUUCCAGCGCCCCCUAGAGGAGGCUUUUGUCGCUCUGGUGAAAACCGUCCAAUCAGAAGCCACGAUGAAAGUCCGAUGGAACGCUUGUUACGCAUUAGGCAAUGCGUUCAGAAACCCAGCUUUGCCGCUCAAAUCAGCGGCGUGGACUCACGAUGCCUUCUCCGCCCUCUGCCAUGCCGUCACUUCCUGCAAAAACUUUAAAGUCCGGAUUGAAUCUGCUGCGGCCCUGGCGGUCCCCACCCACCGCGACUGCUACGGCAACCCAAAGCAAUUCAUGUGUGUGUGGCAGUCGCUGGCCACAGCGCUGGAGCACAGCGAAGACACAAACGACUUUCUGGAGUACCGCUACAGCGCCAGCCUGCGACACAAACUUUCACAAGCUCUCCUGCACCUGCUCAGCCUCAGCCAGUGGCAGGACAUGCCUUCCCUUGGAAAAUCCUUAGCGGGCGAUGAGGGAAGUGCCGUGAAAACUCACCUCGUUAAAUUUUUCAGCGUGGAUCAGACCGUAGAAGAAACAGAUCAAGAGAGGGACUCUAAGGGGGAGAGCUUCCCGCCUCAGCAGAGAAUUAAAAGUCUGCAGGAGACUUUAAAAAGGCUGAAGGAGUUGGACUCGAAUGGAGUUGGAGAUGAAGAACUACAAGGAAAAGAGAUGGUGACUAAUUUCCUGGAGGAAUUGUUAAAGACAUGUGAGGUGUCUUGAUUGACCACAUCUGCAGUUUUCUGCUGUGGUAGAGCUUGCUCAUUUUUACGUUAUAGUAAAAUAAAUCUACCAAAUAGUAAUCUCUAAUGUUGAUGUAAUCAUUUAAUUUCCAUUUUGAAAUGAUUUUAUAGCUUGAUUUGAUUAUAAACUUGCCUCAGAUUGAUCUGGCUGAAUAGUAGAAAGAACAGUAAAUCGAUUAAUCAUCACACCUCUAUUAUUAUUCCAAACAAAUCACCUGUAAAAUGACUUCUAUAAAAUGACUAUAUCUUGUAUCUGCUUUGUAUUCUAAUUUUUAUUAAAACUUUGCUUCUA